AUGUCACUCGACGCCCACGAGCGUCCGCCGGAGCACAUCCGGAAUGUCUACAAAAAGUACCAGAAGCUGCGCGGCAACGCUUUGAACAACGACCCCGAGCUGCUCGAUCUGAGGGACGGCAACGCGGUGGAUCAGCUUCGUGUCGUGCGGUCCCUGGCCCCCGCAGAUCUGCGCUCAGCGUUCCAAAACUUUGCCGCCACUGAAGGCAGCGACUCGUUCACACUCGCCGAUACGCCGCUGCCUGUCUAUGAACAUCGCCACAUGCCAGGUAGGCGAAACACCUUCGAUGCGUCGUCACCUUUGCCUUUCCUAACCCUGCCAGGUCUGCAUAUCGUACCCUCUCUCUUCCCUGACUCCAUCCAAAGGUCACUUCUUUCCCGUCUGAUCCACAGAGACCUUGCAAACCCUGCUCAUCAGACAAACGUGCACUUGCACUAUCAUGUUCCUUAUCCACCAGAGUCCUUGUCGUUUUUCGAGCAUCCCCCUUCAUCCGAGCCGCAGUUUCUUCCAAAGGACCCUCAAGUCCACAAGCCUCUGUCGAUGACCCAAUUCUUAAACAGGAAACUGCGAUGGGUGACUCUAGGGGGCCAGUACGAUUGGACGCGGAAAGUGUACCCUCCAACAAAGCCACCGCCGUUCCCUGCAGAUGUUGGUGCGCUGCUGAAAGGAGUCUUCCCUGAGAUGACAGCACAAGCUGCCAUUGUCAACUUCUAUUCCCCAGGCGACACGCUCAGCAUGCAUCGUGAUGUCAGCGAGGAAUGCGAUCGUGGGCUUGUGAGCAUCAGCGUAGGCUGCGAUGGCGUUUUCGUCAUUGGAAGAAACGCAUGUUCCACGGAAGGAGCUUCGGGCAAGUCUCAGGCGCUCCCAGAGGUGCUUGCAGUGAGACUUCGAUCCGGCGAUGCAGUCUACAUGUCUGGAGAAUCUCGAUUCGCGUGGCAUGGAGUGCCGCAGAUUAUUCCAGACACCUGCCCUGAAUGGCUUCGGGAUUGGCCAGCAUCGUCGCAGAAUCCAGCGUCCACAGAUGCCAACCACCCUUAUGAGCAAUGGAAAGGCUGGAUGCACACCAAGAGGAUCAAUGUGAACGUUCGGCAGAUGUGGGAGUAG